UCACGUCACGCUCCGUGUGGAGAAUAUAACGGAGGUCGCGGCUCGGGCUCAGCGCUUUUCUGCAGAGGAGACAAGGCGAGCAUCAUGCCGAGCCCGCGCGCACGGAGCCCGAGGACACAUCUGAGCUUUGUCACGCAGUUUGUCAUCCACACUCUCCACUGAUGCUACUCCGGGUGAACUUUUUUUUAUACUUUUGUCUCGGAUUUUCAUCAUGGGAAAGUUGUAAGGCGCUCUGAAGACGCAGGUUUGGAUACGGCACACGCGUAAUUGCGCACAAGAAAGCGACCCUUUGGCAGCUCCCCGUGCGCUCUGAUCUCACCACUGGACCCUCUGACAUGGAUCAGUCUCAGCAGUGUGUGGCCAUGUAUCUGCUGGUGCUCUCCCUCGGACUCCUGAUGGACAGCGGGAUCUGUCAGCACUACUACCUUCUGCGCCCUAUCCCGAGUGACAGCCUGCCGCUUGUGGAAUUAAAAGAGGACCCGGACCCCGUCUUCGACCCCAAGGAGCGGGACCUUAACGAGACCGAGCUCAAGAGCGUCCUGGGAGACUUUGACAGCCGCUAUUUGUCGGUUUUGGCCCCCAUGGAGGACCGAUACACCGGGAACGACGAGCUCGAUGACUUUGAGGUCCAGAAGCCGAGUGGAGUACUGCCGAAGGAGAUCCGAGCGGUGGAUUUCGACGUUCAGUUCGGCAAGAAGCACAAGCCCAGUAAGAAACUGAAGCGGCGGCUGCAGCAGUGGCUGUGGGCGUACUCGUUCUGCCCGGUCGUGUACACGUGGACCGACCUGGGGAACCGGUUCUGGCCGCGGUUCGUGCGGGUGGGCAGCUGCCUCAGCAAGAGGUCGUGUUCGGUUCCGGAGGGCAUGGUGUGUAAACCUGCGAACUCGACCCACCUGACGAUACUGAGAUGGAGAUGCGUGCAGAGGAAAGGAGGACUGAAAUGCGCCUGGAUACCGGUGCAGUACCCGAUCAUCACAGACUGCAAAUGCUCCUGUUCAAGUUAAAAAAAAGAAAAGAAAAAGACUAAAUAAUAAAUUAUAAGCUCAUUAUUUUUGUGAUUCUUUUUUCACGUGCACUACCGAGUGUAGGAAUGUAUUUUCUGUAUAUGCGGUGCCAUGCAGUUAUAUAUAGCUCCCUGUACAAAGUCAGUAUUAUUUGUAACCAGAGCCUACUUUAUUUGUGGAGAAUAUUGGUUAUAUAUUUUGUAUUUAUGGAGAUAUGGCGCAUAGAGCCACGUAAGGACUCGCUGCUUUUCCAUAUUUGGAUGAAGCAGAUCGACCUCAGAGUUAAACGUGGAUUAUUGAUACAGCCGUGCAUUGGCGACUUGUUUUAUCCUGUAAAUUAAGGAAAUGUGCUAUUUAUUCUUUAUAUUCGUACAAUAAAACGACACUGAAAUGA